AACUCUGAUGUUAGUGAAGCAGACUCCAGCACACAACUCCACUCUCGCCGACUAGUGUUUUCAGUUAUGAAUUUCGCGUUUGCGUUCAUCGCUGUAUUAAGACAAGAUGAAGUCAUGACAGCAAUCCACAGCUUUGGUCUUGGAAAGCUUUACAUUCGAUAUAACCUUCGUUCACUUUCUCCAGGACCAUUCAGUGAGAGGGAGGAAGACAGGGGCUGUAGUUCCAAGGAGACGUAAAACCAGGUCUGGGGCAAGGCAACGAACGACCCACUUAAACUAUCUCCUUCUGGGGUAGAGGCGAAAACUGAGUGCAGAAUUAUCGUGAUGCUUGCAAGAGUCUCAGUUAAUGCACCAACGGUGAGUGGCAUAGUCAGGAAGCCAUGUUACCCGCAGUGAAGGCGGACUUCAGCAGUUGGACGGCGGAUCGCACAACAUACAUGUCUAUUUUCAUCUUAAUGUCCUUCCUCCUGGCCACCAGGACAGUUGGUGUUACUGUAAACACUCUCGGCUCAGCAGACUGGCAGCCAUCAAAUAGGAACACGAAACUGGUUCAGCGGGUUCCGAGUUCAGAUACCAUAUCAGUCAUGAGACCUCCUCCACCACCCGCUCAAGAACUGAGGCCACGAAUCCAUCCACGACCUCCAGAUCCUUCAGUGACAUCACAUAGUAGACAUCCAGUCAGUCAGCGGCCAUUCAUACUUCCAGCUGUGUCAUUUUCACAGUUUCCAAGCUAUCAAGAUGAUAGAAUUAUUCAUUCAAAUUUUGCUCAAUUUCCUCAAGGAACCUUUAAACAGAACAAUUCACCUGAACAUCUAAGGCAACAGUUUGCUUUUAAUCAGAACGUCGUGGAUUCUACAAGUCGGAAACCUCAGCAAUUCGGUAAUCCAUCGGACAGUUCUAUAUCAGAAUCCAUUGUCACCAAGCAGCUGGAAAAUUUCCCGCAUAGACAACAAUUACAGUUUUCAAGUCCUGUUUUCCAUCAAGGCCUUAAGCAACAACUGACUGGAUCAGACACACAGAACUCGUUAAAGCUAAAUCAAAGCCGAUUUGUACAAAACACAAUUCCGUCAAGAAACACGUGGAACCAAAACGGGAGAGAUCAUGAGAAUUUGUCGCAAAUAGUUGAGAAUUUUGGAAAACUUCAGCACACCGCGACUGUGCCUCAAGCCUCUCCAUCGAGUGAACAAAAACACGCGCUUGUAAAUUUUCCAAACAACUUAAACUUCCGCAAUCUGGAGCCCGAUGUGCAGUUUACACAGAGUAUAGAGGCCAGUGAACAUCAUUCGACGUAUCAUGCCCCGCCGGACGAGAUGCUGCAUUCCGUUCAACUGCCCUCAGCGAUAAGAAUAACAAAUCCUCCGGUGCUUGGGCCAGGCACGAGGUCGCUUUCAGAAAAUCAACUCGGGACUACUUCCGCUCCAGAUAUUAAAAAGAAAGUAACUUUGAAAGAUAUUCUUGAUGAGGACUGUCCGAAAGCUAAAGAAAUGGGGUAUUGCGCGUCACCGCCCAGGUAUCCUUCGCAACAGAUAUCACAACUGAUAACACGGUGUGCAGACUUAUUGAAGUUCAUGUACGCGCCAGUACCUGAAGACUUGAAUGACGAAUAUGCAGGGAACACUAGCACACAUUCCUUUAACGGUACCAGGAACAUGGAGCGUGGAAACAGACAUGUAAGAGGAAAGAAACUGCUGCUUCUUGAACCCAUAUAACUGAAUGUCCCCCCC